UGCUGUAUACAAUGGAUGUUAGUCGAUCACAUAAUCUCUCGUGGAGCAAGUUUAGCUGGCCGGCUCUCUAUGGCCAGUAGUUACUGGGGUGAUGUAUCGCACUUAGCAAUAUGGUAUAAAACACACACACACACACGGCCACAAGGCAUCAAUGACUUGCUGAGUGUGAAGGCUUAAGAAUGUUCAAUGCCCUCAACGGUUUUGAUGCCCAAGCAGCAUCAAACUAUAUGAACCCUUACGCAGUGGAUGUAAUCCGGGCAAAGAGAAGGGAUCUGGUGUAUGGGAUCUCACGUACUGAAGAUUUGCUUGAUCUUCUUGUCACAGAGGGAGUCAUGACAGCAUCGAAGAGAUCCAUCAUCUUGACCAUCAGGACGCGCAAAGAUCAAAAUUCCAGGGUCCUGAACUUGCUGGAGGCCAAAGGUGAAAGAGCGUGUCGGAAAUUCUUCCAUCCGUGUCUUAUGCUGGCUGAACCCGACCUUUAUCAGCGAAUCAAGACCUACGUGGGGAGUGUGAGCCAGCGUUUUCGAGACACAAGAAGACAGCUGAUUGGCUACUUGCUGGAGAGAGACAAGGAGGGUGUGGAGAAAGCAGAUCGGAUUGUAAUUCAGAAGAUUCACACUUUACAUGCCACUAAAGAAACCAAGAGAUCUACAACUGAAAAAGAAGAAAGGAGCACACUGGUGCUUGAAAAAUCUGAGGAUAAACCAGCACAAAGUAUAGCAGACAAAAACUUCAUUCACAUGAUUGCUACAAAUGGUGAACUAGUAUUGCUGGAGGAGCUCUUAGAAGACACUGAUUUUAACGCCUCCUCUGAUGAGACACUGUUACAUGCAGCUGCAGAGCAUGGCCAUUUAUCCAUUGUUGAGUUCUUGAUCCGUAAAGGAGCCAGAUUGGACCUGCAGGAUAAUACCGGUCACACAGCUCUUCACAGAGCAGCCAGCAGGGGUCACACUGAGAUAGUCAAAACCCUCAUAAAGGCUGGGGCCCCCAUCCACACUCUGGAUUUGCAAAGCAAAACUUCUGUUCACCUGGCAGCGUUAAAUGAGCACCUGAAUUGUGUGAAAGUGCUGGUGGAGGAGGAGGCCAAGCAGUCUGAGAGCCACACACAGGACACGUUCCUCCACAUGGCAGCUGUAGAAGAUGACUGCAGACUGACCGGGCUACUGCUACAGAACGGGGCCAACGUCGACGCUGUAAACAGUCAUAAAAAAACAGCUUUAUUUAUUGCUGUCAAGGAGAACAAUCACAAAACCGUGGCUGUCCUUCUAAAUGCAGGAGCUAAAGUUGACCAUGAGGUCAUAAAUGAAGCCAUUAAUCUCCAUCAUGAAACAAUUCUUCAGCUGCUCCUUGCUAAAGCCAGAGGACUUCUGAGCGAAGAAGCUCUAGGCUCUGCUCUCUUCUCAGCUGUCAGGCAGAACCGUGAUGGAGUGGUGACCGCUCUGAUAGACAACGGGGCAGAUGUGAACGUCUGUGAUAAACAAGGUUACACUCCUCUCCUAUUGGCAGCUGAGCUGGGACACGCAGAAGGCUUCAGAGCGCUCAUAGCAAAACAGGCCAAAGUGGGAUCUUCUUUGCCUGACCUCUCCUCUGCAUUGCACCUGGCUGUUCAUGGUGGCAGUGUGUCCAUAGUGCAGACGCUGCUUGAGAAAGGACUGGACCCCAGCAUUACUGGAGCUAAAGGCCAGACUCCUCUCCACCUGGCAGCCCAGUGUAAAAGGCCUGAUUUAGCUGAUCUGUUGCUUAAUGCUGGAGCACAGGUAAAUGCAGUAAACCAGGACGGACUUACUCCUCUGCAUAUAGCCAGUCGGCAGGGUCACACAGACACCGUGAUCCACCUUCUUCAAGCCAAGGCAGAUCCCAGAGUCAAAGACAGGCAGGGCAGGACAGCCUUGCAUUGGGCAUGCUCUGUGCAAGGAGGAAGCCAUGUGGCAGGCUUGCUACUCUCAGCCAAAGCCAACCCAAACACCGCUGAUAAUGAGAAAAAGACUGCCCUCCACCUGGCUGCCAUGGAGGGGGAAGUUGAGGCAGUGACCUUAUUGUUGUCCCACAAGGCGAAAGGAGGCGUCAGAGAUAUGGACGGCUCCACGCCUCUACACUAUGCAGCAGCCAGUGGGCACGCCAGUGUGACUUCAGUGCUUCUGAAGUCACUCAACAACAAGGGGGUUGAGGACAGGAAUGCAUGGAGGAAAACACCUCUUCACGUUGCAGCCGAGAAGGGCCAUGAGAGGGUGACAGCACUGCUCCUGGAGGCCGGGGCAAAGGUCAACUCUACAGAUCACAGCAAGGACACACCUCUGCACUGUGCUGCACGUGGUGGACACCAGGAGGUAGUGAAGAGGCUUGUGAACUGGGGCCAAGCUGGGCCCGUUGGACGGAGGAAUAAGGUGAAUCUGCAUGCUACAAAUAAUGUGGGGAAGACGCCGCUGCAGGUGGCAGAGAGUGAAGACACGGCAGAACAUGAGAACAUCGCAACCUCACUCAAGAGAAAGAUGUUUCUCAUCAAGUAGAGCAAGAGAGGUCAACAAAUCAAAUACAUCAGAGUGAUUGGGUUAACUGAUCUACGACGUGUUGAGGAAGUCAGAUAAAGUCAAAAAAUAGAAUCACAUCUCAGUCUCUGCAUUAACUCUUAAAAUAUGUUAGUUUGUUAACUUUAAGCUUGCUCUGUUGGCUAGUUUGUGUAUCCAUCAUUUGUGUCCAGCCCGAAAUAUCUCAGCAACUAUUGUUUGACACUUAGACACUUCCCAACCAAAACCUGUUGGGAAGAUGGAAAGCCUGCUAUCUCAUUAUUAUUAUAUAUUUAUUUAUUUUCCAUCAAAAAUGUUCCCCAUGUUUAGCUGUGCUAAAAGCACAGCUGUGACUAAAGCAAGAAGAGGUUUAUUAAUGCUUCAUUAAGAAGCUUGUUUAUUGUAAUGCAUACAUGCGAUACACAAGCUCUGCAAAGUUGCAAAUUAUGUGGUGUGUUAAA